AUGCCGUCUUCAAUUGAUGCUCCUCUGCAAAUUAAGCCAAAGCCGAAUCCUUGGCUUCUUGUUGGGCUCGGAAAUCCUAGGAAAAAGUACAACGCCACUCGCCAUAAUGUCGGAUUUGAGAUGGUGGACACCAUAGCAGAAGCGGAGGGGAUUUCUAUGAAUAGUUUUUCUUUUAAAGCUUUGUUUGCGAAAGGUCAUAUUGGUAAUGUUCCUGUUAUCCUUUUCAAGCCGCAAACAUUUAUGAAUGUCAGUGGUAAGUCUGUUGGUCCUAUGGUUUCGUAUUAUAAGAUCCCACUGAAUCAAGUGCUAGUGAUUUAUGAUGAUUUGGAUUUGCCUUUUGCAAAAUUGCGUUUGUUACCCAAAGGUGGUCAUGGCGGACACAAUGGGAUGAGGAGUAUUAUUGAUCAUUUCAAAGGAAGUCGUGACUUUCCACGUUUACGAAUAGAAACCGUCCUCCUCCCUAUCUCUCAAUCUAUUCAACACUUCAAAAUGAAAACCCCAAGUUCCUCAAGGAAAACCCCUAAAUCCCGUAAACAAUCACAGCCAAAACCUCUGAGAGUGGUUCAUCCUCCACCAUUACUGGAUGCUGCACCACUCACCACCAAAGAAACCACAAAUACAUCACCCAAACAAUCUACUGAACCUACUGGUACAAAACGCAAGAUUUCAUCACCAAAAGGUGGAUCAUCUUCCAAAGUAGUCAAACGUUCGAAGCUUGCUGAUCCUAAUAGUGCUGAAGAAGGGAAGAUUAUGCAAAAACUUAAGAAGAGCAGUGAAUACACAGUUACAUACACAGUUGCUAAGUUUUUGAGGAUAUUUAUUGUUCUUGUACAUUUGUUCUCAAAAUGUUUCUGA